AUGUUACCGGUCAGUCUAGUGCCACUUACGACUCCAACCCAUCCCCCAACCUCCCCCUCUCUCCCCCAUUUCCCCCCUCCUUCCCCUCCUGUACACCCUACUUUCCGCCCCCCCUGUUUCCCCCCUUCCCCUCCUCCCUCCCCCAGUCUGUUUCUGCACUGGACUCUCAACGCCUCGCGCCUGCAGUUCGCGCUAGAAGCCAAACCCGCCAGUGGGGCCGAGUCCGGCUGGUUCUCCGUCGGCUGGGCGGCAAACCACGGCCGUAUGUACCCCGCGGAUUGCGUGAUCGGGAACCUUCGGGGAAGCAGCGUGGGCGCGUACUACAUCAGCGGGUACAGCCAGUCUGACGUGGCGCCUUCUGAUGGGUUCUCGAUUGGGACGCCUGAGUUGACAGCUGGAAGUAACGGCGGCAAAAUUAUGAAGUUCUCUCGAUCAGAAGGGGACGGAGGGGCAGUACCAGUCAGUUUCAAUGGCAGCAACAGCCUCAACUGGGCUUUCUCUGACUCUGGAUCAACUGAGCUGGCCUUCCAUGGCAACAAUGCAGGUUCGAUGAAUGUAGACUUCACGUGUCAGUCUGCACCUGCUGGCAGCAGAAGUUCUAAUGAUGAUGAUGAGGAUGAGGAUGAGGAUGAUGAUGAUGAUGAUGAGAAUGAUGACAAUAGUGAUGAUGACGAGGAGGAGGAGGAGGAGGAGGAGGAGGAGGAGGAGGAGGAGGAGGAGGAGGAUGAGGAGAAAGGGGGUGAGGAAGAGGAGGAGGAAGAGGAUGAUGAUGAGGAGGAGAAGAAGGGAGAGGAAGAGGAGGAUUAG